AUGUCUAAUCCCGCAUCUGACUUAAAGUGCACUACCAUGCUUUCUCCCAAAGAAAAGCAUGACAAGAUUAUCCGGGCCACAGACCUCGAUGCGCUCAGCUGCAGGGCCAGCGCCAAUCGGAAAGGCUACUUUGUCCCGCCGGACAUCCAUAUUGACGAAUUGAUCCGGUCUUACCAGCAAAAUCUCCCCUUCUGUGAAGGAUACACAAAACUUUCCGCCGGGCGGCUUCUCCGGGCGUUGGAAGAGCCCAAGUUUCCCUUGAUCAACCGAGGAACGUACUUGCGGACAGAGGCGAUCAACAGGGUCGUUGAGUGUUUUGUUGUGGCGCAUCCGAAGUGCCAGAUCGUUUCUCUAGGCGGCGGCUCCGAUACCCGAUGCUUUCGGGUUUUGGAAAGCAAACACGACGUGGUGUACACGGAAAUCGAUUUCCCGGAGUCGACGAAAAUCAAAAAGUUGGCGGUGGCCAACUCGCCGCAGCUCCAGAAGAUUGUAGGGCUGUCUCUUUCGCCUACAGUGGUCAACUCGAAAGCAGAGUUUUCCGCCUUGGAUCCGAGCCUCCACACGCCUAGAUACCACUUGGUCGGGCUAGAUUUGCGCACGCUAAAAGAAGCAGGCAGUGCAAACAGCGGGCUCGAUUUUUUGGAUCCAGAAACGCCUACUUUAGUUAUCAGCGAGUGUGUUCUCUGCUACUUGAGCCCCGAAGACAAUGAACAGGUUAUUUCCUUUUGGAAAGCUUUGUUACGGAAACCGUCGUUUGUUGUGUAUGAGCCAAUGGCCCUUGACGAUGCUUUUGGCGAAACCAUGGCCCAAAACUUGCGUAACCGAGGGAUUGAUCUCCAGGCAUUUGAAAAGUUUCCAAAUCUAGAGUCCCGCAAAGUGUUUUUCCAACAGCUAGGUCUUGCGUCCGUGCUCACCGACAUGUCUCGUGUGGGAGGAUAUUCCGAGGGAUCGUGGUUCGGUCCGUUGGAUCAGCAGAGGAUCUCCCGUCUCGAAAUGAUCGACGAGGUGGAAGAGAUUCGUCUUCUUCUUCAACAUUACUGCCUUAUAUGUGCGGGUAUCACAGUCGAGGAGUUUUCGGGGCUCGAUUGGGCCCUCUGA